AUGUUGGGAGGAAGCAACACCAAUUCAUUAGUUCCGAUCUUCCUUGAUGAGAACAUCUUCCAGUAUCCUUCAAAUCAAUUGCAGCUGUUUGGAAAUGUUCCAGCCACACAUCAUGUUGAUCCAGUAAAUUAUUCUGGUAGAGAGCAUAACAACCCUGCCUUUCUGCCCAAUAAACGAUCAAGAGAAGCUGAUACUAAUUUAAUGCAGAAAAAGCUUCAGAUAUCAUUGAACCAGAAUUUUUAUAAUGAAGAAUCUGAUCGCCCAUCAAGCAUUCCAAACCCACAUACUGUAUCCACUGGUUUGAAAUUAUCAUAUGAUGAUGAGGAGAGAAACUCCUCAAUCACUUCAGCAAGUGGAAGCAUGACUGGAGCAACACCACUUAUGUCUUCUUUUGGUGAUAGUGUCACAACUGAACUUGAUCGACAGAAUGAAGAACUUGAAAGAUACAUUAUGCUUCAGGGAGAAAAUAUGGUGAAAGGAGUGAAGGACAUACGACAGAGACACAUGGCUUCAUUCCUAACUUCCAUCAGUAAAGGAAUAGACAAAAAGAUACGCGAGAAAGAUGUUGAGAUCGAAGCCAUAAACCGUAAAAAUAAGGAUCUUGUGGAAAGAAUAAAACAGGUGGCAAAUGAAGCCCAAAAUUGGCACUACAGAGCAAAAUACAACGAAUCAAUAGCCAAUAUGUUGAGAGCAAAUCUUCAGCAAGCAUUAGCACAAGGAAACGAGCAACAAAUAAAAGAAGGAUUUGGUGAUAAUGCGGAUCUUGAAAAUGAUGCUGUGUCUUCUAUAGAUCCAAAUAAUUACCUUGGAAAGUUUGAUAAUCAUAAUUCUAAUCAUAAUGGUGUUAUGAUAUGCAGAGCGUGUAAGGUGAAGGAGGUGUGUAUUCUUGUGAUGCCAUGUAGGCAUUUGAGUUUGUGUAAAGAUUGUGAUAGUAGAGGUGUCAAUGUUUGUCCUGUAUGUCAAGUUGUGAAAAGUGUUGGUGUUGAAGUGUACAUGUCCUAAUUAAAAUAUCAUCAACAUUCAAACUAGGUUAGGCUUGUGUUGUGAUGUCGAAUGUCGAUGAUGAAAGUUUAAUUUGUGAAAUCAAGGAAUUGGUUACUUGUAUAUUCUAUAAGUAUAUGAUGAGAUUAUGCAACCAUGAUAUUUGGGGGUG